AUGUUCGUCAAGCAUGCGUGGUUGACGUUCUAUUACGGUCUCGCACGGAGCCGAUGUCAACGAUACUUCAUCCACUUCAUGCAGUUCGUCGCCGCCGGCUUUGGCAUCAGCUCUGUGUUCGUCAUAUUGCUGCAGUGUAUCCCUCUCAGCCACAUGUGGAAUCCACUCGCAAGUCCUGACGCCAAGUGCGUCGACAUCAUGACCUUCUUCUAUUGCAAUUCCAUCAUCAUGAUUGUCAACGAUGUCAUCCUGUACCUGAUCCCAAUGGUACUGCUCCGCAACGUCGACAUGGUGAAGCCGCACCGAUUGGGCUUAUAUGCUUUGUUCGCCUUGGGACUACUUGUUGUCGUUGCAAGCAUCCUGCGUCUCGUUGCUCUCGUCCACCUCGACAGGGGCGGCAGCGUCUCAGAAAACUACGCCUUGGUCUAUCUCUGGGCAGCCGUGGAAAACCACAUCGGCAUCUGGGCCGCCUGUGGCGGCGCCAUCAAGCAGAAAACCCUAUCUGCAUUGCACAAAAUCCGAAGAUCCUACAGCGGCGCCAGAUACCACUCGGACGACAAGUCGUCGUCACCGACACAGGUCUCGACCACGUUGGCUCGCAGCCAGUGCACCGAGGACCGGGCCUUGUACGAGCGUACAGACAGUAUGCAGGAACAUGCAUCUAGCUUUGGCAGCAAGUCUCCGCAGACGCUGUAUGAGAUGCAAUCGGUGCCUGACUCGCCGACCAAGUCCAUCUCUAUCGAGCAUGAAAAGCGGCUUGAUGUUUGA